CACCACAGCAACCCCUAGCUCCAGACCAAAGUUCAGCCACUGUAAAUCUUUAUGACCAUAUUCAUAGUCCAAUGUUCCUUGGGGCAUUUUGUCCCCUGAAGAGCAAGCUUUUAUAUUUUACAAGAAGCAUUCACUCCGUUGGACUCCAUUUCUAAAUACUGGACUCCAAAUGAUAAGGUCCAAACAUAAUACAAAAAGAUCGUUGCUUUCUUUGUUUACCAGAGGACCCCUCCUUUCCUGAGAAGAAUGCCUACAGUGAAGAAGACCCUGACGUUCUUAUCGAGCUUUCUCACAAGCUUUGGGGCGUUCAUUGUAGUGUGCACUAUGCUUGGGACCCAAGAAUGGGUCAGCAGCAGAAUCGCCGUCAGCGACUCGUCUUCAAACGGUAGUCUCAUUAUCGUCUACGGACUCUUUCGUGGGAACGGUCGUCAGGAAUUCAGUCAUGGACUUGAGGAGUCAAAGAAGGGCUUUGGAGUUCUAGAGAAAUUGAACAGUUCUUCCCAAAGAACGCUGCAUUUGGUGGUUAUCCUGGUCCUGGUCCUCAGCCUGUGCACGUUGCUGCUCAGCUCUGGGCUCACCCUCUACAACAGCAUCAGCAACCCCUACCAGACGUUCUUGGGGCCCGUGGGCGUGUACACCGGGAGUGGACUUGGUGCUUUCUUCGUUUUCAUGGCCAUGAUACUGUUCGUGGGGAACACACAAUCCAACCAUCUCUCGGAACACCUGGCCCAGACGCUGUACCCAUUGUAUCCAGCCGCCGCCUACGGAGGAACGACCCACAGCUACGGGUACUCAUUCUGGCUCACGCUGCUUGUCAUUCUUCUAAGUGCUAUAUCCGUGGUCAUCGUCAUUUUCUACCAGAAAGCCAGAUACCAGCGAAAGCAGGAGCAGAGAAAGCCCAUGGAAUGUGCUCCAAGAGAUGGAAUUUUAUUCUGAAUCUGACAU